AACCCAAGAAACCUGAUCCGCCAGGUUCACCGGGAGUCUGUCUCAGUUUGCAGCAUUCACAGAGCAGGCAGCGUAGCUGAGCAGUUGAAGGACAUCAAAUGAAACAGGGGAGCUUACAGCGGGUCCUGUUGAGUUUUGCGCGUAGCCUGUCCUCCCAACCAGGAGACAGUACGUUUUAAAAACAUGGAAGACAAAUCGAAUUCGUUCUCCAGCAACAAGGAGGAGAAAGCGGAUGGGAAUAAUGUAUUUCAGAGGCAAGACUCGAUACAGAAAAAUAAUAUGGGGAGCCAGAACAUGAAAGACCACGGAAACUCGGUGUCAUUUAAGGGGGAACGGGAGGAAGCCAUGGUCGGGUUCGACGAUUUGGAUGGGGGAUCCAGGCCAUAUGGGUUUAUGCAGCGACAAUUUGGGGCUAUGAUGCAGCCCGGUGUCAAUAAGUUCUCCCUGCGAAUGUUCGGGAGUCAGAAAGCCGUGGAGAAAGAGCAAGAAAGGGUUCAAACGGCUGGAUACUGGAUCAUUCAUCCCUAUAGCGAUUUUAGGUUCUACUGGGACUUGAUAAUGCUCAUCAUGAUGAUGGGAAAUCUAAUCAUCAUUCCUGUGGGAAUAACCUUCUUCUCGGAGCAGACCACCACCACCUGGCUGGUGUUCAACGUUGCCUCAGACACCAUCUUCCUGGUGGACCUGGUGAUGAACUUUAGGACGGGGAUUGUCAAUGAGGAGAGCUCCGAGAUCAUCCUGGACCCCAAGAUCAUCAAGAUGAACUACCUGAAGAGCUGGUUUGUGGUCGACUUCCUCUCCUCCAUACCAGUGGAUUAUAUCUUUCUAAUAGUGGAAAAAGGGUUUGACUCUGAGGUGUACAAGACAGCCCGGGCUCUGCGCAUUGUGAGGUUUACUAAAAUCCUCAGUCUCCUACGUCUGUUGAGACUCUCGCGACUUAUCAGAUAUAUACAUCAGUGGGAAGAGAUCUUCCAUAUGACCUACGACCUGGCCAGUGCUGUGGUAAGAAUCUUUAAUCUGAUAGGGAUGAUGCUGCUCCUCUGUCACUGGGAUGGGUGUCUCCAGUUCCUGGUGCCUCUCCUACAAGAUUUCCCUCCGGAUUGCUGGGUGUCGCUAAACGGUAUGGUUAACGACUCCUGGGGUAAGCAGUACUCGUACGCCCUCUUCAAAGCCAUGAGCCACAUGCUGUGCAUAGGGUAUGGUGCCCGCGCACCCGUCAGCAUGUCCGACCUGUGGAUCACCAUGCUGAGCAUGAUCGUUGGUGCCACCUGCUACGCCAUGUUCGUCGGACACGCUACCGCUCUCAUCCAAUCGUUAGAUUCCUCUCGCAGGCAGUACCAGGAGAAGUACAAACAAGUGGAGCAGUACAUGUCCUUUCACAAGCUGCCUGCGGACAUGCGUCAGAAGAUCCAUGACUACUACGAGCAUCGCUACCAGGGCAAGAUCUUUGACGAGGACAACAUCCUCAGUGAGCUCAAUGACCCACUCAAAGAGGAAAUCGUCAACUUCAACUGCCGUAAACUGGUGGCUACAAUGCCCUUGUUUGCCAAUGCAGACCCUAACUUUGUGACAGGUAUGCUGAGCAAGUUGAAGUUUGAGGUCUUCCAGCCCAAUGAUUACAUCAUCCGUGAGGGGACGGUCGGCAAGAAGAUGUACUUCAUCCAGCACGGUGUGGCCAGUGUUAUCACAAAGCUCAACAAGGAGAUGAAGCUCACAGACGGAUCCUACUUUGGAGAGAUCUGCCUGCUGACGAAGGGGAGACGCACGGCCAGCGUGCGCGCCGACACCUACUGCCGCCUCUUCUCUCUGUCCGUGGACCACUUCAACGAGGUGCUGGAGGAGUACCCCAUGAUGCGCCGCGCCUUCGAGACCGUGGCCAUCGACCGAUUGGACCGCAUCGGGAAGAAGAACUCCCUCCUCCUGCAGAAGUUCCAGAAGGAUCUGAAUGCCGGCGUAUUCAACACACAGGAGAACGAGAUAUUGAAGCAGAUCAUUCGUCAGGACAGGGAGAUGGUGAUGAUGGUGGACCGCAAGCAGUCGGUCACCGGGAUGAACUCCACCCCGAUCUCUGGAAACUCCAUCAUUAACUCACCGGCACAGCCGCCUUUCGCCACCGCCAUGGGCAACAACCAGUUCCAGCAGUCCGCCCCUCUGACCUACAGUGCUUCGGCCACCAUCAACCCUUCUGCUCGCAUCCUGCAGGCCUCAGCGCAGGGGAUCUACCCCAACCCCAGUGUCUCUCACAGCAACCUGAAUUCCUCCUCACCCAUCCCCCAGACCCCCCUGCAGCAGGGGGCGAUCAUGUCCCCGUGCUCCUUCACGGCGGCAGUAUGCAGCCCACCUGUUCAGACCCCGCUGGCGGGCCGCAUCUUCCAGUACGGCUCACCUACCGCCUCCCAGCUGUCCCUCAUCCAACAGCCCUUGCCACCACCGCAGCCCCUACCUUCGCAGCAGUCGGCAGGGUCAGCAGUGGCCACCCCGGCAACACAACAACAGCAGCAGCCAUCACAGCAGCAGCAGGUCCCCUCCCCCCAGAGGGGCGAUGUCCACAAGAGCACGCAGGUUCUCCAGUCGGGGAGUUUGAGUCGAGACUUGCGCCACCUCUCUGCCUCCCAGCCCUCCCUGCCUCACGACUCGUCCCUAGGGCCCAGAACGCACCCGGUGUCCGGGGACUCCCUGGCCUCCAUCGUCCCGCCGGUGGUGGCCGCCGUCCAGGGGGCAGGCCUGCAGAGUGGCCUCCGCACUACAGUGCCCCAACGGGUCAACCUGUUCCGCCAGAUGUCGUCAGGAGCGUUGCCCCCAGUGCGAGCAGCGGUGGUGGUAGCGGCGGCGUCAACGUCAUCUACAGCCCAGCACAGGGAAUCCUCCGGCUCUAGAAGAGAUUCGGCAGUCUUGAGCAGUACAGAGACUGAGCAAGACAAGAUGAGAUUUGCAUCCAAUUUAUGAUCCCAUUCUACUUUUUUUAACAUCUACGUUUUGAUUAAUUUCUAAUGGAGAUACAAAAAAAGGAAAAGUUGAACUUCAGUAUUUUUGUUUGCUCCAAUUUUUCUUCUGAAAAGAUAACCUCAUAGAAAUCCUGUACAGACUGCCCUUGUAUUAUAUUUUAGACACGUGUUCUCCCUAAACAUAAGAAUGUAUAUUAAACAAAUAUAAAUAUAUAUGUGUAAAUCCAACUAGAAUAUUUGGCAUUGACUAUUUAAAAGCUCUAGUAUAAACAUGAGUCUUCCUUCCUGAGAAAUAUAAAGAAACAAACUGCGAAGUUUUUUUUUUCUUCUUUUUUUUGGGGGGUGGGGGUUGUUUUUGUUUUUGUAACUGGAAUGCAUCAUGAAUACUGAGGAGGACUUCCCUUUUCUUUAAUUUUUUUACUUGCGAGAAGAGAAAUAAAAGCUCUUUUCAAGGCAAGCAGCUUUGGCACCACUGUGGAUUGACCAACGCAAGGAACCUUGAAACUGUCAAAAAGCACACUCGAAAAAUAAAUCUGACUACUAAAUGUUUAGGACCCUACUCUCAUCAAUCAACACAGGUUACAGUUGCUAGGUGUUAAGUUGCUCUCAGCAAUAUAUCUACUUGAGCCACAAAGUCCUCUCACAGUGGCUUGUUUAAAGUCCAUGACAGUGUUAUGGGUCCAAAGGGAAUAGAACAAUAGAAACGCUGUCUUUGUUUCCUGUAGAAAAGGAUGAUGCGUGGUUGGAGAGGGAUGGAUGAAAAUCUAGUUUUUUUCUAUUCCUGAUUUCAGAUGACAGUGAUAGACGUUAUGUAUUGUUGCUUAAAAAAACGAAAUGUGUACAUUUAUAAUAUUUAUAAACUAAAGAUUAUCACCAUUAUGCAAUAGACUGUGAUAUAAAGAUUAUCUAUAUGUGUGUUGUAAAUAGUUUUUGUAUAGCUAGUAUCCUGUGUGGUGCAUUCUCAAUCAUAACAAUGUCUUACUUCUAUCAGGAACCUGGAUAUCAUCUAUAGGCGUAAAAAAAAAAAAGUACAUACGUGACAAAAACAUGUUCAUUAGAGAUAAGCAAACCUUAAUGCAAAGGCUAGCGCUAGUCAAUACUGGGAAAUGCCUGGUCUGAUGAGAUACAGUAACAUAGUGAGAAUCCUUCUUGGUCUGCAUUGCGUUUGUUCUUGUGUGUGUUAAUUUUCCAUCAAAUGACUUCAGUAAUAAUUAAGUAAUUAUGGACCUGAAAAUAAGCUCUCUUUUUUCUUUUCUUUUUUUUUUUUUACUGUUUGUUGGUCUAUCUCAAGUAUUGUACUGUAUAAAUGUGAUUUAAUCGAUUUACCAUCAACAUAAUUAAGAUACACAAUGCAGUAAUACCCUUUGACAGUGCAUAUUAUAGUCUACCAUUCAUUGUUUUAGGAAGAGAUCACCUUUUCCACAUUAACUAACAACAUUUUGCAUCCCCAUACACAAAAUGGCAUCAUUUUGAGAUCAUUUAUGUACUUAGUAGUGUAGUAGAGGUGGUUUCUAAUGACUUUUGGUCUAAUGGUACAGUAGGUGUGUGGCAAGCAAAAAGUAUGUACAAAGCCUGCCUGGAGUACCAAUCUAUUGGAGUACCAAUAGAUAUUUCAGAGCUAAGUUUCUACACAAUCUUAUUUUUUGUUAGUCAUCAUCUACAGGCCUGGUACCUCAUCUACUUAGUUCUGUAAAAGGCCUCUUACUAAAGAGGUUUUGAUGUUAAAUUGCUUAUUUGUAAGAUUUAUUUUACUUUGCAUUUUCUUAUUGCUUUGCCUUUCAUGUUGUUAUGUGUGUCCAGUAUGAUCUUAGUUACAGUAUUGUUGAUAUUGUUUCCUGCAUUCAACCUAAUGUUAAAGUCUUCCUAAUGCAAGCCUGUUUAUGAGAACCUUAUCUAUUUUCCUCCAGUAUGCCUGUUUUGGAGUUAAUUUAUGCUGUUUGGGUUUGGGUUUAUGUUAACUGUACAUUGGGUAUUACUGUACUGUGUAUGGUCCAAUCACAGAUGAAUUGUGUUCAGGAGACUGAGAGUAACUACAAAAAGUAAUUCAGGUGUUCAUGGCCAUGUUUCGGUGUACACACUGGAGCAAGAGCAGAACAUAGCUGGUUUGCAUUAAGGUUUCUCUGUCUUUCGUGCGUGUAAACCAUUACAUUUGGGUCUAGACACUCUAAGCUGUUGAAACACUGGGGCACAUGGCUAGUCAGGAUUUUGUGACUCUUAACCUGAGAAAGAGCACUUUGUUGUGUUGAAAAUGUCAAUCAAAUCAAUCAAGUUUUCAAAAUGCAACAUUCAUCCUAGUUAUUUGACAUCAUCACACGAGUGUACAGCAAACACCAUCAACUGAAUCGCUCACACACUUCACUUUUUGUAUUGUUGUGUAGAGAGAAAGGUCAUGAGUAAAUCAAACUGAAGUUUGUCAGUACAGUGUUCAUACUCAGUGUAUACUACAUGUUUCGUAUAAAGGAGUUUUCCAGGGGUUCAUGUAUAGUGUGUCGGCGGUGUGUAUUGGAUCACCCUCACGGCAGCUCUAGAGUCCAAGUGUUCAUUCAAGCCGGAUGCUAAUGCACCUUCAGCUCAGAGUGUCUAAGCCUUAGAAAUACCGUUUUAAAAGAUGACAGUACUUCAAUAAAUACUUGUGUCAAUAUUGUACCAAUACAGAGUCCACCCACCGACGUCAUGAAAAGCAUGCACUGUCGCAAAUACUUAAAAAGAUACUAUCUAAAAUGUUGACGUUAAGUGUAUCGUGAGAUUAUGUUUUGUUCAUUGUCUGUUUUCUUAGCCGUUAUUUGUGUGUAACAUUGGAUUUUCACAAGGACAUUCUUCAGUAUUUGUGCCUAAACUAUAGCCAUGUUUCAUCCUAUGGGUUACGAGUGUGAUCAUAUAUGCACACAUGUAUACAUUCGUUAGUAUACUAUAUGUGUUCUAUGUCCAAUAUUUUUUGAGAGGAAUGAUGUAAGCAAUGAAAGAUGGCCAAACGUCUGAGUUCAACAAUUGAAAUCUUUGAACACAAUGCGAAAAUAUCCUCAGUUUAGCUGUUAGAGCAAUGGGUGCCGACUGUACAGUGAAGAAGCAUGGCCUCUGUAGGCCUGAGAUACUAUCAUAUGUUAUGAGACAUUGUAGAAAUUUGGAGCACCUUUCUAACUUUCUUUGUAGCUAGAAACUCAUGUUUGGUUGAAUAUAAUGUUGUGUGCAAUGAAACUGGCCAAAGCAAAAACCUUCUAAAUCAUUUUUUAUCAUUUAUUAUUUUGUUGUUGUUGUUUAAACAAGAUUAAACAAGAUCCAGAUUC